CGGAGAGAAAAUAUUAUUCUCACAAGUAGUUCUCCUUGACUGCUCCAUUAGUAGCGUUCAGUGCCAUUGUCGGUGGACAAAUAUGAAGGGUACUAUAGUCAAAACAAAAACAAAUCAAAGCCACCAUUGGAUAAUGAUCAUCGUUAUAGUAAGCCAAUCAAAAUGUGUGCGCAUCAAGCAGGGAACAACGGCGUUGGCAUUUUCAAAGUGGCAUUUUCGUUGUAUCCGAAGCAGCGGAGGGGUAAUUAGCUAUUUUGAAAAGCGAGCGCAAUAAGAAAUAGCGAAAGGUUUCCUAGCUUAUAGCGGGAAAUCAAUCUGUCUCUUCACUACUCCACUUGUGGGUUCUGGUUUUUUUGUUUCGCUCACCAAAACGGCUCUCACGCAGGCCACAAGCUUCACCGUUUCGGUUCCUGCUUAGGGUUUCCUUCUCGCAUAGUCAAAUGCCAUACUUCGCUCUUCGCACUCUCCAGCUCCAAAUCCCCUCCCUGUUUAUCACCAUGUAUUGAUUCUUCUUCCUCCUCUUCUCUUCAGUCUCUCUCUUUUCGAAACCUAUUUUCUCCAUCUUCUCCACCGUUCCUGUCAUGCCUCGUUUUCCAUCUUCUCUACUGUGGCUGUCGUUCCUCAAGAAGGUGCAGACGUAAUGGAUCUGGAGGUGGUUGGGCGUCACGCGAUGCUGUUAGGCGACGACGGCAUGGCGGCGUUCGUGAAUUCAGCGGAAGCUCUGGUGGAAUGGAACUCCCUCUCCAUCGAUCGCUACGAUGUCUGCCACCUUCUCUCCGCUCCCCUUCCUCCGCGCCUCAAGCGCCGCCCUCCUCAGCCCGAACGCGAUCUUGAUCACCUACGCUAUCUCGAUCUCCCUUCUUCUUUCGAGGAAGAACCACAAGGAUGUCCAAUCUUUUGCAAUCUUUACAAAAUCUCUGCUUUCACUUCCUGACAAAUAUCAUGGACUAACUGAUAUAGAUAAACGUUAUCGACAAAGGUAUGUAGAUAUGAUCGCAAAUCCAGAGGUAGCAGGUGUAUUCCGUAAAAGAGCAAAGAUAGCGAAGAUGAUGUGGCAUGAAUUUUACACGGUUUUUCAACCCUGCCUGCGAAGGAAGAUUGAAGGUACUGAUUUAAAUUCACACUUCUCAAGCCCAAAUCUUGGACGAACUGAGGUGAUGGCUAACGAAGGAACCCCUGAGUUUUAUGUUGAUCAGAACAUGUAUUACCCUACUUCCAACAAUUAUGGGUAUUACUGUACAGGUUUUGAAACACCCGGGGAAUGGGAGGACCACCAUAGGAUUUACGGUGUAGAUGGUCCCAAUGUUCAGUACGCGGGUGCACAAAAUGAAAGUUUGCCGUAUGUAUAUUAUAGCUAUGGAUAUGCACAGUUUCCACACAAUCCAUAUAAUCCUUAUAUUCCCGGUGCUAUGAUUGGAAUUGAUGGCUCAUUUGGAGGAGGGCAACAUUAUUACACCCUCCCCAAUUAUCAGAACCCAGUUUCUGCCUCUGGUUAUAUUCCCAUUAUUCCGCCAGACACUUUAUGAUAGUUCUGCAGCUUCCUUUUUUGGAGCCAGUGCUUCUGUCAGUAAACCUGAUGGAAGAGGGUGUCAGAAGGGCCGAGGGGUAAUGAUGGGAGGAAGCAAGAUUUAACACAUGCAAGUGUGUCCGGUAGUAGUUUUCUCAAUUUAGCUUCACCAGCUGUUCAUCGGGGCCAUGGAGGAAAUCACCAUGCAGUCCUGCACCACUUUGCAAGGAAGAAACUGGGUCAGUGUGGAAUUAGGAAACAUGAGUUGCGUAAAGCAGCACAUAGCUGUUCUUCCACGUAGUCCCCCUGACCCAAGCUCCAGGCGGGAUUAUCAGUGUUGGCAAAAUAUAAAAGACCUAUAGUUGUGCAUUUUGAGCUUGUUCAAGAUGAUGGCAAUGAUUCGGAGCAUGAUGGCAACCGUGAUCCACAUGAUUAUUUGACAUAUCUCAACACCAGACCACCUUCAUGGGAGGAGGCAGCCAUUAGACAACUUGUAGGUGUUUCGAAGGACACUGGAAUUGGUGGUUCUUUAGAAGGAGCACAUAUUCAUAUUGUCCACUUGUCUGAUUCAAGUGCUUCCUUAGAUCUGAUUAAGGAAGCAAAAAGUCGAGGUGAUAGCAUAAGCGUUGAGACUUGUCCUCACUACCUCGCUUUCACCUCUGAAGAGAUACCAAAUGGAGAUACCUCGGAUCUCGGGUCUAGGGUCUAGGUUCUAGGAUCUAGGGUCUAGGGCCACGGUAAAAUCACCCACAAUAAGAUCACCGAUGAUAAAAUCACCCACUAUAAGAUCACCUACGAUAAGAUCAGCCACGAUAACAUCAGCCACGAUAACAUUACUCACGAUAAAAUGACCCUCUAUAAGAUUACCCAUGAUAAGAUUUUCCACAAUAAAAUAAUUCACGAUAAGUUCACCUAUGAUAAAAUCACCCACCAUAAGAUCACCCACGAUAAGAUUACCCACGAUAAAAUCACUCACGAUAAGAUCGCCCACAAUAAAAGCACCCACAAUAAAAUCACCCACUAUAAGAUCACCCACGAUAACCAUUCAGUAUAAGACCACUUACAAUAAAAUCACCGACGAUAAGUUCACCCACGAUAAAAUCACCCACCAUAAGAUCACUCACGAUAACAUCAUCCACGAUAAAAUCACCCACUAUAAGAUAACCCACGAUAAGAUUACCCACGAUAAAAUCACCCACUAUAAGAUUACCCAUGAUAAGAUUACCCAUGAUAAGAUUACCCACGAUAAAAUCACUCACUAUAAGAUAACACACAAUAAAAUGACCCACCACAAUAAAAUAACCAACGAUAAAUUAACCCACGAUAAAAUCACCCACUAUAAGAUCACCCACGAUAAGAUGACCCACGAUAAGAUCACCUAUGAUAAAAUUAACCACGAUAAAAUCACCCACCAUAAGAUCACCCUUGAUAAGAUUACUCAGGAUAAAAUCACCCACGAUAAAAUCACCCACAAUAAGAUCACCCACUAUAAGAUCACUCACGAUAACAUCACACAAUAUAAGAUUACCCACGAUAACAUAAGAUAGUGGGAGAUUUUAUCGUGGGUGAUCUUAUAGUGGGUCAUUUUAUCGUAGGUGAUUUUAUAGUGAAUGAUUUUAUCGCGGGUAAUCUUAUCGUGGGUGAAGUUAUAAUGGGAGAUCUUAUCGUGGGGAAUUUUAUCGUGGGUGAUCUUAUAAUGGGUGAUAUUAUCGUCGGUAAUCUUAUCAUGGGUGAUAUUAUAGUGGGUGAUUUUAUCUUGGGACAUCUUAUCAUCGGUGAUCUUAUAGGGGGUCAUCUUUUCGUGAUUGACCUUAUAGUGGGUGAUUUUAUCGUGUGUUAUUUUAUUGUGGGUGAUCUUAUAGGGGUGAUUUUAUCAUGAGUGAACUUAUAGUGAGGAAUCUUAUCGUGGGUGAUCUUAUAGUGGGUGAUUUUAUCGUGGGAGAACAAAUAGUGAGUAAUCUUAUCGUGGGUGAUCUUAUGGUGAGUCAUCUUAUCGUGUGUGAUCUUAUAGUGGGUGAUCCUAUAUUGGGUGAUUUUAUCGUGGGUCAUCAUAUCGUGAGUGAUCUUAUAGUGAGUGAUUUUAUCGUGGGUUAUUUUAUUGUAAGUUAUCUUAUAGCGGGUGAUCUUAUCGUGGGUAAUUUUAUUAUGGAUGAUUUUAUCAGGGGUGAACUUAUAAUGAGUAAUCUUAUCGUGAGUGAUCUUGUGGUGGGUGAUUUUAUCGUGGAUGAACUUAUCAUUGGUGAUUUUAUUGUGAGUGAUCUUAUCGUGGGUGAUCUUAUAAUGGGUGAUCUUAUAGUGGGUGAUUUUAUCGUGGGUCAUCUUAUCUUGG